AUGAAGUGUUUUUGUUUAAUCGCGUUUCUAGCGACUGUGAUCGCACAAAGUUAUAGCGAUCUAGGAGUAGAAGCUACGUCGAGUGAUGGGUUCGUGAGUAGGAACGGCGUCCAAUUUAUUCUUGAUGGUAAACCAUUUUACGCCAAUGGUUUCAAUGCCUAUUGGCUCACGUACGAAGCCACCGAUCCGGACACAAGGUUUAAAAUCACUUAUGCACUUCAAAACGCGACCUGUCACGGUUUGACCAUCGCACGAACCUGGGGGUUUCGUGAUGGUGGCUACCGCGCUCUCCAAACUGCCCCUGGUUCCUACGAUGAAUUAACGUUUAAGGGUAUGGAUUUUGCAAUAGCGGAAGCAAAAAGACUCGGUAUAAAAAUGAUUAUCACCUUCGUCAAUAACUAUUCCGACUUCGGAGGAAGAAAACAAUACGUAGAUUGGGCUAAAAGCAAAGGCCUAAACGUAUCUUCCGAUGACGAUUUCUACACAAACCCUCUCAUUAAACAAUACUACAAAAACCACGUUAAGACUAUGGUGAACAGAGUGAACACAUUUACCAAAGUUGCAUACAAAGAUGAACCAGCCAUUAUGGGUUGGGAGCUAAUGAACGAGCCACAUUGCAGAGCAGAUCCAAGUGGAAAAACUCUUACGGCUUGGAUUACUGGAAUGGCAUCUUAUGUGAAAUCACUUGAUUCAAAACAUCUACUCACUACUGGUCUUGAAGGCUUUUAUGGUGACUCGUCUCCUCAAAAAAAGAAUUCUCUAAAUCCGGCUGCAGCCAACGUUCUUGGAACCGAUUUCAUCGCUAAUCACAAUCUCGAUACCAUUGAUUUCGCAUCGGUUCACUCUUACCCGGACUUAUGGUUUCCAAACUUAGAUGAGAAAUCUCGAUUGGACUUCUUGAAGAAUUGGCUCGAAGGUCACCUCGAAGAUGCGCAAAACAUUCUUAAAAAGCCUCUAAUCCUAGGAGAAUUCGGGAAACCGUCGAAUACACCAGGUUAUACUCAAGCUCAAAGAGAUGCAGUCUUCAACGUAACGUUUGAUACCAUUUACGCGUCUGCACAAAAAGACGGUCCAGCGGCAGGAGCAUUGUUUUGGCACCUUAUUAGCGAUGGUAUGAACAAUUUUAAAGAUGCCCUCGCCAUUGUGCUUAGUGACAAAACCUCGACCGUUAAUAUUAUUGGUCAGCAGUCACGGAAAUUACGUUUGAUUGGUGGUAAAAGAAAGUUAAAUCGCAAAAUCAAAACUUAA